AUGUUAGAUAUGCGUUCAAAUGUGAUUCAAAUAAUUGAGAAUAUCAAGAAACUAGAAAAGCUAACGGUUUGGUUGAAUAAUAACGAAAUUACCAAAAUUGAGAAUUUAGAUAAAUUGACAAAUCUUGAAGAGUUAUGUAUUAAAGACAAUCAAAUUACAAAGCUUGAGAAUUUCGAUAAUUUAACCAAUCUAAAAAUGCUAUUUAUAAGUGGGUAUAAGAUUGUCGAAUUUGAAAAUUUGAAAAACUUGAUAUUUUUUGACUUGAGCUAUAACUGUAUUCCAAAAAAUGAAGGUACGUAUGAGUUGACUUAA